ACACCUGGUGCAACGAUGGAAACCCGCCACUGCGCAGAGCUGCACAUCUCUGAGUGUGUUAAAGCCAUACGAAGAAACAUGUGCACAGUUUUUCUAAGCAAGCGGAGUACGAUGGAUCUUGUAUUUGUGGUGGCGUUCAGCUCUUGGCUGGCUCCUGCACUCGGGUCAGCGUUUGGCAGGGAGGUGUUUGUCUCAGCAGCAGACGACGAGAAAGACUUCGACAGCGCUUUUCAUUACGAUUAUGAAUCUCUGAGAAUCGGCGGCCUGGUUUUUGCUAUCGCUCUGUUCCUGCUGGGCAUUUUCCUCGUCGCCACUCGAAAGUGUACCUGUUCAAAGAGUGACAAGCCAAGGCCCAGGAAUCCAGAAGUUUAAUCAGCUAACCAGAAAG